GUGCCCAUUUAUACCCCUGUGUGGAGAGAGGCACUGGGAGAUGGAAGUAUCUUGCUCAAGAACACACUACAAUGCUCUCAGCCAGGGCUUAGAACAGGGCUGCUUGCUCUGUAGUCCAAUGCACUAAGCAUCGCACUUGUGCGCGAAACUUAAACAUGCUUGUUGAUGGUUUCUUUUUAGGCAAGAGCAUCCAGUCUACAUGAAGCUAAAAUGGAGUGUCAUGAGAAACUGAAAAUGGUGGAGCAAUGCUGUAAAGUGUUGAAAGAUAUAACCUGUUCUUAUCAUCCGAACAACGAGGAAAAUGUGAAAAAGAGUUCAGGUCUGCAUUGUCUUCUGGAAGGAGAUCUUGGCGAAGUCAAGCAAGAUACCAGUAACCCUGUGCAAUCAGUGUCAAUAUCAGCACUGACUGUAAAGGAAAUAUGGCAGCGUAUUGUUUAUGACCAGUGGAUUGUUGGCAUUGAUGUGCUGAACACCGGUGAGAGUGCUGUGUCUGAUCUCACACUUGGGCUCGUGAGCUGCCAAUCAGAGGACACUUUGUAUUCAUCAAAGACUGUGAUUUGUGGUAACGUUAACCACCAUCGCAAGCAACCUGAAAAUUCAAAUCUCUCACAUUCGCAGACAUCACCAUCCUUGAAGAGAAUAAGACUUGGCAAUGCAAAAACAGCUCUAAAUGUCAAACAACUGUUACCAGGCAACCAGACAAGAUUGACAGCAGUAUCUUCCAUACCAAGAUUCACAUGUGUAGAUAAUUGUUCAAUGUCUGUUGUCGUCACAUGGACAAGUUACACUAGUGAUGGAAGCCUUGAUCGUCAUUCAAUGCACUGUGGAUACAUAACAUUGUUCACUGAACAAAUCAUGGAUGGUAGACUAAGAGUUAACAGCAAUUUGGAUCCCAGAUCAAUUCAACAAGAUAUUGAGGCCUUGAAAUCAGUUUCCAUUGAAACAGAGCUUGUGUUACAGAGCAGUAUAUCCAGACCACACUACAUCACGGCAGUUCUGAAGAGUUCAAUCAGAGAAGUACCAAUACUUCAGAUUGGAACUGGUGACCAAGGGGACAUAUUUGGCCAUUUUCUGUCUGUUUUUAAAGAUAACGGCCCUCUGGUUGGUGCUGGAAUUGUUUUAAAAGAUGGGCUCAACGAAGGGAAACUAACACUUGUAACAAGAGACAAGAAACAAGUUUACCUGCUGCUUCAUGCACUUCGUCAAGUUCUACCGGAUGAUGUUCGAAUUUUACCCGAUCCUGAGCUCGAAUUAACUGGUGUUAAAACCAGCCUGUGCGCCCUUAAUCAAGAGAUCACAAACUUACAGCAAAAUCUUCAGAGCCUUUCGCAUAACUCGGGUAAAUCCCAUGCAAGGUUUUACACCAGUGACGGGCGUGCCCCUGAAUGCAAAGUCGAGGACGGUGAUGGCGUCAGAGCUUUAAGGGAAGGGUUUGAACGAAAGAGAGAAAGAGAGAUGGUGGAAAAAGAAACUCUGAGUGGGUUAGUUGGCCUAGCAAGGCUGUGGAGUGAUUUUGUCGAGGAUCAAAUGUCAGUCGACGUUGUGGUAGCAGAGACUUGAGGCAGAUGAAAUGAGAUGAUUAUAGCCAACGAGGCACGUCUAUCUAUCAUGUCAUAUCCUAUGCACGCUUGUGGAAUAAUAAGCACUUAAUGACUGGCCCCAAAUGAAACAGU